UGGCCUUUUAGGGGCGCGUGGCGGAAGGCGCGGUGUUCCUGGGCUUCCUGGCCCGUCUCUGAUCUUUUUGCUGCUCUCGUCAGGCCAUCGCUUCUAAUUUCUGUCUUCUCUUCAGGGUUCGUCAAUGUCUGAAGAGAAGGCCAGCAAUCCUCUAGGGAUGAUGGGAAGCGAGGAGAAGCCGGUCAACACCAGUGAGGAGAGGAGAAAGGAAGGAGGCAAGAAGAAGAGCAAAGAAGGAUCUGGAGAUGGAGGCCGAGCAGAGUUGAAUCCUUGGCCUGAAUAUAUUUACACACGUCUUGAGAUGUAUAAUAUACUGAAAGCAGAACAUGAUUCCCUUCUAGCAGAAAAGGCAGAAAAAGAUAGCAAGCCGAUUAAAGUCACCUUGCCCAAUGGUAAACAGGUUGACGCAGAAUCCUGGAAAACUACCCCAUAUCACAUCGCUUGUGGAAUUAGUCAAGGCUUGGCUGACAACACCGUUAUUGCUAAAGUGAACAAAGUGGUUUGGGACCUGGACCGCCCUCUGGAAGAAGACUGUACCUUGGAGCUUCUCAAGUUUGAAGAUGAGGAGGCUCAAGCAGUAUAUUGGCACUCAAGUGCUCACAUAAUGGGUGAAGCCAUGGAAAGAGUCUACGGUGGAUGUUUAUGUUAUGGUCCGCCCAUAGAAAAUGGAUUCUAUUAUGACAUGUACCUUGAAGAGGGGGGUGUGUCCAGUAAUGAUUUCUCUUCUUUGGAGGCUUUAUGUAAGAAAAUCAUUAAAGAAAAACAAGCGUUUGAAAGGUUGGAAGUUAAGAAAGAAACUUUACUACAAAUGUUUAAGUACAAUAAGUUCAAAUGCCGGAUAUUGAAUGAAAAAGUGAAUACUCUGACUACCACAGUCUAUAGGUGUGGCCCCUUAAUAGAUCUCUGUCGGGGUCCUCACGUCAGACACACUGGCAAAAUUAAGACUUUAAAGAUACACAAAAAUUCCUCCACAUACUGGGAAGGCAAAGCAGAUAUGGAGACUCUCCAGAGAAUUUAUGGCAUUUCAUUCCCAGAUCCUAAAAUGUUGAAAGACUGGGAGAAGUUUCAAGAGGAAGCUAAAAACCGAGAUCACAGGAAAAUUGGGAGGGACCAAGAACUGUAUUUCUUCCAUGAACUCAGCCCUGGAAGUUGCUUUUUCCUACCAAAGGGAGCCUACAUUUAUAAUACACUUAUGGAAUUCAUUAGGAGUGAAUAUAGGAAAAGAGGAUUCCAGGAGGUGGUUACCCCAAACAUCUACAACAGCCGACUCUGGAUGACCUCAGGCCACUGGCAGCACUACAGUGAGAACAUGUUCUCAUUCGAGGUGGAAAAGGAGCUGUUUGCCCUUAAACCCAUGAACUGCCCAGGACACUGCCUCAUGUUUGAUCAUCGGCCAAGAUCUUGGCGAGAGUUGCCUCUGCGUUUAGCUGAUUUCGGGGUACUUCAUAGGAAUGAGCUAUCUGGAGCACUCACAGGACUCACCCGGGUACGAAGGUUCCAGCAGGAUGAUGCGCACAUAUUCUGUGCCAUGGAACAGAUUGAAGAUGAAAUAAAAGGUUGUUUGGAUUUUCUGCGUACUGUAUAUAGCGUGUUUGGAUUUUCUUUUAAAUUGAACCUUUCUACUCGCCCAGAAAAGUUCCUUGGAGAUAUUGAAGUAUGGAAUCAAGCUGAGAAACAACUUGAAAAUAGUCUGAAUGAAUUUGGUGAAAAGUGGGAAUUAAACCCUGGAGAUGGCGCUUUCUAUGGUCCAAAGAUUGACAUACAGAUUAAAGACGCAAUUGGUCGGUACCACCAGUGUGCGACAAUCCAGCUGGAUUUUCAGUUGCCCAUCAGAUUUAAUCUUACUUUUGUAAGCCAUGAUGGUGACGAUAAGAAAAGGCCAGUGAUUGUUCAUCGAGCCAUUUUGGGGUCAGUGGAGAGAAUGAUUGCUAUCCUCACUGAAAACUAUGGGGGCAAAUGGCCCUUCUGGCUGUCCCCUCGCCAGGUAAUGGUAGUUCCAGUUGGACCAACAUGUGAUGAAUAUGCCCAGAAGGUACGGCAGCAAUUCCAUGAUGCUAAAUUCAUGGCAGACGUUGAUCUGGAUCCAGGCUGUACAUUGAAUAAGAAGAUCCGAAAUGCGCAGUUAGCGCAAUAUAACUUCAUUCUAGUUGUUGGUGAAAAAGAGAAAAACAGUGGCACUGUUAAUAUCCGCACAAGAGAUAAUAAAGUCCAUGGGGAACGCACCAUCUCUGAAACCAUCGAGCGGCUGCAACAGCUCAAGCAGUCCCGCAGCAAACAGGCAGAAGAAGAAUUUUAACAAAGUACAGUUUCCACAUUGGCUAAGUAGGAAUGGAUGAAUGGUGUUGUCAUAACAUUAACUCUGUACUCUGGGAGACGUCAAUUUAUAUUGAACUUGCAGUAGCUUGGCAGAGUCUGCACGGGUAACUACAGGAUCAACCUUUUGAUCUGGCUAGGUUAUAUAUAGACAAUGUGUAUUCAAAGAAGAUAGUUAAAAGAGACACAUUAAAAUGAUUUUAUUAAGUAUCCAAGUACUGGAAAUAAAAGAUGAGGAAUGCUUUGGUGUAAUAAGAGAACUUUUUUGUAAAUUUAAUGCAGUUGAAAAAUAACAUGUUUCUAAUUCCCCUAAGAUAAAAAUGACAAACCAGAUUUGAAUUAUGGUGUAAAAAUAAAAAAUUUUAUUCACACA